CAAGCGGAGGCCGCGGAAAGUCGCCGUUCGUUCGCCCCAGCGCCUCGGGCAAGAUGCCACUGACUUGCCUCAGCACGCCGCAGUUCCACUGCCCAGGGGCUGCCGCCUCCCGGUCUACACGCACGCUGCAGCGGCGACGACGACGACAGGCGGGCAGCUCCGGGCAGUCGGCGCGGUGAGUAGCUCCGAGGCAGCCCGGACCGCCGCCGCGGGGGAAACUGAGGCAGGCGGCGUGGGUGGCGGAUAGAGAUGUCCUCACGGGCGGCCGCCCUUCCACCCGCCGACGGCGCCGGCUGCCUGGGGUCCCGCCGCCCCCUCGGGGAGAGUCACGCCGACAGGAGCGACCGAGGGUUGCAGGGAGCGAGGCCAGCUUUUCCUCCGGGGGAGCGCCCCCAGCGCUGUCCCGCGGGCAGAACGCCCCGAUGGGGAACGCGGCGGUGGGUGGCGGUCCGCGGGCGCUGCGGGCCCUCACCGGGUGCGUGCUGGGCGCACUGGUGUUGGGCACGCUGGUGGGCAAUGCGCUGGUGUGCCUGGCCGUCCUGCGAUUCCGCCACCUGCGCGCCAAGGUCACCAACUGGUUCGUGCUGUCACUGGCUGUCUCGGACCUCUGCGUGGCGCUCCUGGUGAUGCCCUGGAAGGCGGUCACUGAGGUGGCUGGCGGCUCCUGGAUUUUUGGCAGCCGCUUUUGUGACACGUGGGUGGCCUUCGACAUCAUGUGCUCCACUGCCUCCAUCCUCCACCUCUGCAUCAUCAGCCUAGACAGGUACUGGGCCAUUGCCAGCCCCUUUCGCUAUGAGCGCAGGAUGACACAGCGUCUUGCCUGUGCCAUGAUAGCCACAGCCUGGGUCCUCUCCAUCCUCAUCUCCUUCAUCCCAGUACAGCUACACUGGCAUAAGGCCAAGGACAGGAGAUACCCAGGUUCCUGGAUGCCUGGCACACCCCACUGUGAUAUCAGCCUGAACCCCACGUAUGCCAUCACUUCCUCCCUGAUCAGCUUCUACAUCCCUGUGGCCAUCAUGAUCAUCACCUAUACCAGAAUCUAUCGAAUUGCCCAAGCCCAGAUCCGCCGCAUCUCCACCCUCGAGCGAGCAGGGGGGCAGUGGCCAGCUCCUGGCAAGGAGCCCACCUCCUCUUUGAGGAGUUCCCUCCGCAAGGAGACCAAGGUGCUGCAGACCCUCUCCAUCAUAAUGGGAGUCUUUGUUUGCUGCUGGUUGCCUUUCUUCUUACUCAACUGUUUGCUGCCUUUCUGCCAACCUGAGCUCAAGACAGACCAUGAAGGACAAUCACCCUGUGUUGACCAAACCACAUUCAACAUCUUUGUGUGGUUUGGCUGGGCCAACUCCUCAGUGAAUCCAGUGAUCUAUGCUUUCAACACAGACUUCAGGCGGGCUUUCAGCAACCUCCUGGGCUGCCGGCGAUUCUGCUGUGGCACAUCCAGAUCUACUGUAGAGAGGGUCAAUUUCAGCAAUGAGCUUGUUUCCUGUCACCAUGACACUACCUGCCAGAAGGAAGGAGCUGCCUCAUCAUCAGUACCCCCCACUACUGUCACUGCCUGGGUGCAGCCCAUACAUCAUGUCACAAGCCCUGAGAGAGAGCACAGCAGUAAGGAGACACCUGUGGAGAAGACAUCUGUGACUUCUCAGACACAGGCUGCUCCUGGCAGCAGCCCCAAGACUCAUCAGGUGCCAGCUAUUUUACAAUUGUAUUGUGAGGCAGAGCUAUCCUUGGAAACUAUCACCCCCUGUACUUGGUCAUCCCCUGCACUUGGUCAUUGUGAUGGACCUCACCAUCCUGUUCCAGAGGGAUAAGCGAUUGCACAUUUCUCACAUGCAGUCAUUGCACAGGUUGAGUUCACUCUGCCUCCACAUAAACUAUGCCCAUUCUUCAGCAAAGUCCUGUCCCAGAGGGAUGAGAACCCCCUGCUCUUACACCUGAGGGGUGAUAGGCACGUGAAGUCCAUUCCAAAAGCACGGAGCUGCCAUAUAUUAACUCUUCCUAUGACCACCUUCACCUCUUGCUGUCUGACUUCAGAGUCAGUAGUCAUUUUCCAUGCAUUAGCCUGCCUCCACUCUUCAAACUUGUAAUAUUUAUAUAGAAUAGUGAGAUAAUUAAAGCAACACAUAGUUUGAGACUGUUACAUAAUUUCAUAUCAAUGAGUUAGUCUUAGAUUUAGCUUCAUUGCUAAAGCCCAUUUCUCUCCCUUUUAUAGCUUCACAUUAUACAUGUACAUAGUUCUGCUGAAUUUUAUUCCUAUGUUUAUUUCAAAGCUGCAUUUAUGGAUUUACACAUCUGAAUCCAAGUUUAGGGUCUUAAAAAUUCCCAUAUUAAUAUGUCACUAUCUUAUGUUGACUCAAAAGACUGCUCAAAACCUGGAAAAUUAAGUUGCUUAUACAUAGGACUGCUAGCACAGUUUCAGGUGCCUAAUUUUGGUAUUCAGGCUUAAUGAUAUUGAGCUAGCAUACUCCUCAUCCUAAAAUGUUAGGAUGCUUUAUUGUAUUGGGCUGAAGUUAGAGCAGGAUUGUGUUUGAGAACUAAAACUACAACUCCAGAGCAAUUUUAGCUGCUGUCAGUGGAGACAGCUGCAGUCCUUCCUUUCUGCUACUUGUUCAGGCAGCCAAUCCUUCCAGAAAGCAAACUAGGUCACAAAAUGAAAAGUGCCCAUUUCACCUCUUUGAACCCAUUUCACUACUGGUAUACAUGGACAGCAACAAAGGUAGAAUAAAUGGAUGCUGGAUGGCUUGCAGAAGACAAAAUACAAAAACCAUCAUCAAGUUCCCCUAGAACAUGUAAAAGGUUUCUGUAGACCUUAAGGGAAUACAGUGGUAACUCACUGUCCUCCACUUAUCUGUCCACCACUUAGGAGUUCUUACCAUUUAAUACUGUGCUCCACUAACCACCAACAUCUCCUUUUUUCCUGUCCUUCACCUAUGAUUGUUUGAUCUUGGAAAGUUGAAGAUAAUUAUCCAGAAAGAAACAUCAAGAAUGAUUUUACAUGAGUUUUCUUGGACAUUCAGUCCUACAGAUGUCAGAGCGAACCAUGCUGAAAAGCCAGACUCUCCUCCCACAGUGAUACUGUUCCUGCUCCUUGGGAAUUUAAACCGUGCAGUUCUUAAAGUUCCUUAAUAGUACACUUUAGCCCCCGUCACAUUAAUUCUUCUGAGAAAAAUUGCUUUUGCUAUCCUGCUCUCUUUAGGAAUGUGUCCUUGAUAGUUGGGUGUGACUCUAACUUGUUCUUCAUGGCCAAGAUUGGCAAGACAACAACUAAGAGACUUAACUGUAAGAAGGACCAAGGCAAGACUUUGGAAAAACUUCCUAAGAAUAAUAAAGCACUGGAACAGAUUGCCUAGGAGAUUAUGACGUAACUCACAGUAGAAGUCUUCAAGAGGACAUUGCUAAACAUCUAUCAGAAGUUACAUUGGUGUUGUUAAUCCUGUCUUGGGGCAGAGGCAUAGUGUAAUGGUCUCCUGAGAUCGUUUCUAGUCCAGCUUUGCUAUGACAACACAACUCAUUAUACAUUGGCCUUAAGAUGUUUGAUUUUUUUUUCCUUACAUGCAAUGAUCCAUAGCUAUUUUCUUGAAUGCAAAAAAGCCUACAUACAGGUAAGAACUUCAAGCCCCCACUGGUGUAUUUCUCUUCUUAUUGAUAACCUACCUUUCUUAGAAUUUAACAACUCAUAUUCAGCAUGCCUAGUGCUUCACCCAGAAAGAAACUCUGAAAUAAAUGUAGUAUUUCCUUAAAGGAGAUCCAAGAUCUGUGUUUGUUUUGAUCCACUUUAAUUACUUUCUAGGUGAUCAUGCAUGAACUGUGCAUGGAUUCAGAUGCUAAAACGUCAAUAAACUUCUGAGGAUUUUUCUUGCCACAUUCUUUCAUUCUUACACAAACCAGAAACACAUAUGCUAAGAGUGUCAGCAGCUUUUAUCUAUUAAAAAAGAAGGCAAAAGUAUAUCUCUGAGCUGUAGGAGACUUCUCAUCUCACCCCCUCCACACUAAAACCCAUCUUGGUGAUACACUGCCACACCUGAUAAAACACUAUGCUAACUGGCUGCGUCCCUCAGAGAGUUAUCUCUACCUGCCCACACAUCUUCCUUCUCCUGGGUAGGGUCUUCUGGCAGCCAAAGCCACACAUAAAAUUAUUUUGCACAAGUUGGGGUGGGCUUUUUUUUGUUUGGUUGUUUUUGUUGUUGUCUUUUUUUAAGUGUGUGUAUGUGUGCAAAGAGUCUCACCAUUAGUGAUAAAAAUUUUUACUUAAUGGAAAGGAAACAUUGUCCUUCUUGCAGGUCUUGCCUCGGUUAUGGCAGCUACUUGCCCAGGAAGUAGUCUGGACUUUCUACACAGAGUGAUGAGAACUUAGUGUAUGACAGAGUGAGUGGCAGAAAUUAAGCAGUGGAUAUAUUUUAAUAUUUUCUCUUAAGAAUAAUCAGAAAUGCAUGGCAUGAAAUGGUAUCUGUGUCAAGAAUGGACAAAGCUUUUUGUAUCAGUGCUUGUGGCUAAUUGUUUUUAAAAAGUUCAUUAAUAUGUCAGAUUAUAUCUGCAAAUAAACAGGUAGUUUUAUUAAAAAAUAAAUUAAAAACACACUAAAAACUUUACUGAAGCUUGUUAAAGGGACAGUCUGAAACGCUUAUUGUAAGUGAUACUGGAAGUAAUUGUAUCUAAUUGCUAAUGAUUAUUACUGAUGUCAAGGUGGUAGCCAUUACAACGGCUUACAAGCUGUAAGGUCUGUUGAAGUAUGUGCAGUGUGAUGUUCAAAACUGCAAUAAACUCCAUGUUAUAAA